AUGUGGUGGGUGAUAUUGCUUGUUCGAUAUUGCGGCCGACGCGAUCGCCAGUUGCGGAAACGCCAAGCCCAAGCCGACCUGGGCUCCUGCUUUGACGUAGGCUCGCGAAAGAUUCACUUCACUUCACCUCACAAGAAAUCUUCACCAAAACUGCCAUCAUGUUCGGCGGUCGUAAGUUAUGCAUUCAAUCUAUCCAGGCAUAAUGGACUGACCACAACUCCAGCACCUCCUCUGCCUUCGGCCGAAGAGCUCCAGGCCCAAGAACAAGCAGCUAAGGCGACCAUGCUCCAAAUGGUCAGCGCUUGUGUCGUUCUGUACUUCUACCUCAGCGCCUUUCGCAGUCGAUGCGGACGAGAAAGACAAGGCGUUAAGGAAGACACAAUCAGGUGGUCGUCUGUAGAUGAAGAUACUCGUCUCUCCGUAAGAGAUAUUAUCAUUGUUCGAAAAGGUGGAAAGCACUUUUAUUAUUCACCUCGUCACCAAAAUCUUUGCGAAGAGGAUACCUCGGAUAAUAUGGGACUAGCGAUGAACAGAAAGCGCCGCUCACCUCGUACUACAAGAGGAAGAUGGGCAGAAAGCAAAGCUUUUUGCAGGCCCCUUGACCAGGAUCACGAAGACGGCUUCACUCCUUCAACUUUCCACAGCACGCAUCCGUUGCCUGCGUUCUCGCUCAGAUAUCCAAUGUCGCUGGAAGAACAACUCCGGGCCACUGCAUUGAGCUUCCGCUCGCAUUCAGAUCCGCCGACCGCAAACGAUUGCUUGUCCUUACAGCCAGCCUGGUACCCAAAGUGGCCCCAUCGAACUUCCAGCUUAAAAGAGCUGCCAUUACCUCCUGCUGCCUGCUUCGGAGCUCCUAAGAACUUUAUUCGACAUCUUCACCUGGCUGCUGAUAGAAAGGUGGGGCUGAGAGCAGAACUUCUUGAUCGCAUCGGCGACACCAUCGCUCUGCAGAAUCUUGUGGGUGCUUUCGGCGCCGCAGAGAACUUUCUCCUCAUUGGCGACAGUCAAGCUGAUGAUGAAAGUGAGCAGCGCCCGGAUGAUCACAUUCGCGAGCAUGAUGUCGGAACUGUCGUCAAUAUCCAGCUCACUUUGGCCCGUGCACUGGCCACGACUCCCUGGACGAGCCUGUACGACACUGAGAUGGAACGUACUCCUUACUGCUAUACAUCAUUAAAGAUGGAAUAUGCCUACUAUAAAUGGAGCUCUUUGCAAGAAUGUUGCUCACUGCAGGCGCGGCAUCUUACUGGUGACCCGGACUCCCGGAAGCUGCAGGGAGCAUAUUUCUGCGAUCUGGCACUACCCACGACGGCCCAGUACGCUCGCAAGCCAACGUCUCGUGGGCCGAGAACCAGACAGGCAGAGCCACGCGGCAAUAACCUAGAACUAUUCUCGCAGACUCGCGCCAAGAGAGUACAGGGAUGCUGCAGCGAACUACCAAAUUCGAUCUUCCACAGCAUGUACGAUAUCGAACUUCAAUUGCCGGGCCCAGAGUACAGCGGCUCUCGCGGAACAGUAGCAAAGCUGAGCUGGGCGUCUCCAUCAACAUUGGGGCAUAAUGACCCGCUGCAGGUACAUAUCGAACCGAUGAAUGGGCUUCGUCGGCUUCUGCCUCAAGCACGGCGGAAUUUCAACCUUCUCUUUCCUCGUUAUAAUGUCGCAUGUCAGGUCGCUGACAUGACGAACGAGCAUUCAGAAGUGAGUCUGAUCAUAUCUCAGCAAAUUGACUUCUUGCCGAAGGCGGCUUCCCAAGCCACAGCACCGAGCUACCAUACUCAUCGGAUCCAUAUUCCUCUGGCAGCAGGUCGUCUAUCGAAAGAGUUUCCAGCCUUUCAAGCAACGACUCUCGCAUACACAAUAAUAGAUAUAAGCUGCUUCUGCAGUGGAGGUCCAGAGCGGAGGUGGCGUAGUGGCGCUCAUAUCAAAAUUCCUCAACCGGACAAGUCGAACAUUGCCGCUGUCAUGAGCAGAAUCCGCAUCUGUUCAGGGCGAUCUUCAGGCCAUGUGUAUUUGGACUAUUUCUACCUUUUCGGAGGUCUUGAUGACACGCCUGCUCGGACCGUCGACUGA